AUGGGGAUGUCUCAGGGCACCUACACCUUCCUGGCCUGUUUCUCCGGCUUCUGGUUGGUCUGGGCCCUCGUGGUCAUGCUCUGCUGCUUCUGCAGCUUCCUGCAGCGGCGGCUGAAGCGGCGCCGUGACGAGUGUCUCCGGGAGCAGUGUCUCCGAACUGCAGAGACGGAGCCGCUCAGCUGUCAAGCUGCAGGAUCCCGGCCUCCUCCUCCUCCUCCUCCUCCUCCACAGCCGCCGCCGCCGCCACUGCCCAGGGAGCCGCCGCAGUUCUGUCCUCCUCACAUCCUGUCGCCGCCACUUCCUCUGCCGGUUCCUCAUCCGCUGCCUCAGGCCACCUGGGUCAGCAUGCCAGACGCAGACUUGCUCGGGAAGCCGCCCUGCUACGAGGUGGCCGUCCUGAUGGAGGAUCCUCCUCCGCCCUACAGCGAGGUGUUGGCCGACCCACGUGGGGGCACCUACCUGAAGCCCGCCCCGCCCCGCGCAGCGCCCCCCCCGGUCAGGGAUCACCAGGAUCCGGCCCCCGUGUUCACGUCCGAGACCAGCAAGCUUCCUGUGGCGACUGUGUUCCCCGGUCGAGGCUACUCCUCCCUGAUCCGCCUGCCCUCCUCGCAGCGCUGGGACUCCCUGGGCCACCUCCUGUCCAACAUGGACUUGAACCACAACAACCUCACGCCGCCGGCGGCACGCUCCCUGCAGGACUCCGCCGCCAUGGCCACCAUGCCCCGCCGCGAGCCCCGGACUCAGCAUGACGGACUUGGGAUCAGAGGCGGAAUACAAGGACUUCAAGGGGGAAUCCAAGGACUUCAAGGGGGGAUCCCGGGAUUCCAAGGAGAGUUCCAGGGGCUUGGGGGGGUCCACAGGCUGAGGGGCCUGGAGUCCAGCUGUGGGCUUCCAACGGCCUUCCCCCUGCUGGGGCGGAGCACGGCGGUUUAG